AUGGUGGUGGUAAGCAAGAACAACGAGCAGCAAUCGCUCAUUUUGACUACGGAAUUGCUCCGUACUGCCAUCUUCAAUAUCAGUUACAUCAGAGGCCUCUUUCCCGUGCGGUAUUUCAAGGAUAUGUCGGUUCCUGCUUUAGAUCUGAAGAUGAAGAAGCUAAUGCCUAUGGACGCUGAAUCACGCCGAUUGAUUGGCUGGAUGGAGAAAGGGGUCUACGAUGCCCUGCAUAAGAAACACCUGAAAAAGCUGAUAUUCUACAUAUGUGAAACAGUAGAUGGUCCCUUGAUUGAGGAAUACAUAUUUUCUUUCAGCUAUUCAGAUUCUGACAGUCAAGAUGUCCGGAUGAAUAUCAAUAUUACUGGAAUCAAUACCUAUGGGGGAACUCUUAACUCCACUGCUGACAACUCCACUGCUGACAUGACCCUAAAUCAAAUGAGUUCAGUUGAUGAAGACUUUGGACAGAAUGCCCGAAGAAGUAAUGCAUUUGUUACCUAUCAGAGGUUUUCAGUUUACAUCAGUUUCCAUAUUGCCAAUUACAGACUUUGUUACUUUUUUGCUUCUGUCCAGCGCACCAUUUUGAUGAAGCUUCUUUACUACGAAUAUGUGCCACCAGAUUACCAGCCACCUUUCUUCAGAGGCUGUUCAGAAGAAGAAGAAGCUCAGUAUGUAUGGCCAAAGAUUCCUCUGAGAAUGGAAAUUGGUAAUGUUAACAGCCAACAUCACGUGUUAACUGUAAAGGUCAAGAGCGUGCUUGAUCCUUAUGAUCCUUGUGAGGAUGAAAAUGAUAACAUGCAAGAUGAUGAGAGGAGUAAAGGACCUGAUUCUCUCCAUGAUGACCAGCCUUGUAAGGUUUUCACUAAGCCGAGUAAACUCAUCUUAACAGAGAACAAAGACGCUGACCAUGGAGAGGUUAAUGAAGAAAAGCUUCUUCUAAUUACACCUAUCUGUGAAAUACUUCAAGAUGUCAAACAGGAUCAGGUUGAACAUCAGCUAGCAAAGGUGAAGGAUACAAAAGGAAGACCUGCCUCAAUUGUGCAAAAUCCUAUUCUGCAGUCUCAUGAAUAUGACAUUCGAAGGCUUAAAGCCCGUUUACAAAGACUCGAGCGUCAUAUAUCUGUUCCGGAUUCUCCUCAGGAGGGAAUCCGGAAGUGGUUUGCUGCUGUUUCCUCGCAACUAUUCUACAAAGUUAUGGAAGCUUGUACACGAAGAAAACCAAUUUUGGGUGAUGCAAUACUGUCGUCAACCGUUAAAGUGCAAAAUUUCAAUGCAAAAAUUUGUAGUAAAUUGUUGAAGAAGCCUGCAUCGAUAUACAGAAAGAAACACUUCACACUGAACAGUGCUUCCUUAAGAAUUUCAGGCUUGGCAGGAAGCAUAUUUGCGUGGGCUGUUGGUUUCUGUCUCUUUUCUGCUCAGAUUGGACAUGUCUUCGUUCAGCCUAAGACCAGAAGUUCUGAGUCAAAGCCAAAAGUCACCAUGGAAGAACUAGAAGAGAAGUUGACCCCUCCAAGUUCUGAACCGAAGUCGGCCCCUCCAAGUUCUGAACCGAAGUCGGCCCCUCCAAGUUCUGAACCACUAGAGAAAUUGGCUGUUAUCAGAAGGAUCCUUCCUGAGAUAUUUGCUCAACGAUGUGGUCAAAGAAACAGUAGCUUUGAGGCAUUUGCUCAACGUCGGACGACAUAUGAUUAUUACAACAUCAGAUUAAACCCUCGGGAAAUCAUUUUCCGCCGCUUGCAAGAAGAAUCUAAGGUAGCUCUCGCUCUCUCCUCUGCGAAUUAUUUUGUACUCUCGAUUCUUUAUCGAUUUUUCCGGCAAUGGAGCGAAGUAUCAUUAGUUCGCCGAAACUCUCGGUUAACCGGGAAUCCAAGUAACGAAGCUCAGUCUAGUCGAUCUAACCGGAUCGAGAUUCCGACGUUGCUUGAUGAGCCAGAUCGGGAGGGUUCCGGUGGACAUCUCGCUGCUCCUGAAGAUCCGGUGGAUUUCUUAGCUCAGUUCGACCCACUCAUCGACCUGGAGGAUGCUUAUAACACGCAGCCGCAGUAUACAGAGGCUGAAGUUAAUGCGAGAUUACUUCAUGAGGAUCAUGUUGAAUUUGACCUCGUCCCAGUGGUUAGCUGGAACACCGAGAUCACCGCGAAAAAGACCCUUUCAACAACCGAGUCAGUCGCGGAAGUAUUUGCCUUGUGUGGCUCCGGAGAUCGCCCGCUCACUUGCAUGAUUCCCGGAGAAAAUGAGCGUCCAUGGAAUCCCCCUCGAGGGUACGUCUGUAUGUAUGAAGCCUACUUCAGACAAUGUCACCUCUGGUUUCCAAUUCCGUCUCUGAUCAUCUCCUUUCUGAAUCGCCGUCAUAUGGCGUUCUCCCAGCUUACACCGGCGGCGAUCUGCAAUUUUGUUGCCGCUCUGACCUUCGGCGCUGAAGAAGGUUACCUGGUAAAUGUUCGUUGUUUUGAGGAAAUGACGACGUUGAAAGCUAUCAGGUCGCCCGGCUAUUGGGUGGUGAACAACCGCCCAAAGCAUAACUUUCUUCCCGGUCCUAAAGUCAGUAACUUCAAGAACUGGGAAGAAUAUUACUUCUACGUCAGGGUCGACCUCGAGUCGUAUGAGCGUCCGUUCUCGGGGAGGAAAAGGAUGUGGACGGAGUUUCCUGAUCGAUACAGGCCUAGUCCGGAUUUUCCCGUCGAGUUCGAAGGAGUUUUAGAGGCGAUCUUCCGAGCUCGUCGUCGUACCUGGAAAGACGUCACGAGGUCGCGCGUCAACAGGAUAAUGGGGAAGGUCAGGAAAUCCUUCAUUAGCUUCGCUGCUGGGCUUUUAAACAUGCCACCUCCCCCAGCUCCCAUCGAAGAGGAAAGACAGCCUUUAGACGGAGAGGCGGCUGCGUCAAAUCCUCCCGUUAGUGCCGGCCCUUCCGGUGUUGAUCAGGUCUCCCAUGAGAUGGUCAACCCGGAGUCUCAAGACAGGAUGUGUCUUGAAGGGGCCGACGUCGUGCCAGCUCAAGAGAUCGCCGAGUGCGAUCGAAGUCAGUCCGUUCAGGUCGUCGAGCCUGAAGUUCAAAAUAUUACCGACGACCGCUCCGUCGUCGUUUAUGCCGCCCCUCCAGCAGGCGAAGAGGUCAACACGGGCCUAACUAUCCUUGAUCAAGACAAGGACGAAACCGUUGCUGAGCCCGGGAUUUCCAGGAGGUCCCGUGAGGAGAAAGGGAAAGGAGGGGCUAACCAAUCCAAGAAGAGGUCGGCUUCUGAAGCCGGUUUAGAUGAGGCCGCUGCUCCAAAGACGUUUCGCCUGUCGCGAGGCGAGACUCUUAAUUCUGACCAGUUUACGUUCAAGUAUUCUGGUGAGAAAUUCCUCGUGAGAGAUCAAGAGGCCGCCAGCCAUCUUUGGCGCAACUUGAUGCUCCCUGGGACGAAGGAUUUCCCUAAUCCUGACGAUCUGGUUCUAAAAGAGGGAUAUCAGAAGUUUGCCAGAUCAUCACUUGAGACCGCCGCCCUGGCUAACGAUCUGAUCGCGACAUACGAUCGCAAGUUGAAGCUGAAGCUCGCCGACAGAGAGGCCUUCGAUAAUCUGAAGAAGUGCGCAGACCAGGCCAAAGCCAUCUAUGCCAAAGACAUGAAGGAAAUGGCUUCAUUGAGAGAUGCUGCCGAGAUUCAUAAAGCGGAGAUGAGCUCGUUGAACGACGAGGUCAAGAGGCUCAAUAGUCGAGAAGCUGAUCUUCAGAAAGAGUUCAGCGAUCUUCAGGUUGCAUUGGUUGCUGUAAAAGAGCACGGGGAGAGGGAGUGCAACAGGUUGCGGAAUGACCGAGCUGCUAAAGUCGCCCGUACUACAAAGAAAGCCCAAGCUCGUCUUGAUAGAGUGAAGGCUUAUCUCAAGGAGCAAGAGGACCUCGUCGGGCCAAAGGUGGAUGCUGAGAAUCAAGCCAGAGGCGCUGAGGAGAUAGUGGGCAUCCUUAUGCAGAGAGGUGCGAAGAUUGCGGCAUCUGAACUCAGCGGCCUUAAGGAGUUAACCAAAAGGGCGACCGACGAAGUUAAUGCCUUGAACGUUAUCGAGCUCGGGGACGAUGAUCUUAACAUGUCCCCAGAUCAGCUCGGUUUUUCGAGGCAAAUCUCCCAAGUUGCUCCAGUGGCGGACCAGCACGGCUCAAAUGUCGACCUGUUAGCGGAAGUGAUUCGACGUGUAAGCGUUGAAGAAACGAACCAGACGACCUGAAUAGGUCGUCUUUGUAAUCUAUUUUGAAAUAUUGAUCGUGGACCCAAUUUUCGGGGCGAUCUCAAAACUCUUAUUUAACCGUGGACCCACUUUCGGGGCGGUUUUUAAUUUUAACUUCUAUUUUCGAUGAUUUUCUAUCUUGC